UCUAUCUCCAUAACAUAUCAUUCUGAACUCCUCUUCUCAGUUACCAUGGCAUCAAAACUAGGGAGAACCAUAAACACCAGUAAGCUAUUUCCUCCUAAAACCUUGAACCCUUGCCAUCUGAUUCCGUCUUUCGUUCAUAAAAAGAAAAUAUCUAUCAAUGAACAUUCUCCCUUCUUUCCCGAAUCGAACAUUUAUACCGAAUUCAGUAGACCGUACCAUUCUUCUGAAGAUGCUGUUUCUAUUCAUUCCGACUCUACUACAGUUGUAGAAGAACUUACUGCUAUUUUCACCAACCAGCCGCUUCUCCGGACCAGUGAAGAGUUGACAACCCUCGGAACAAAAUUAAACACAGAGACCGUAGAAUCCGUCUUGAAAGGUCUAAAGAGUUGGAGAAUUGCGUACGAGUUCUUCUCAUGGGCUGCAGACCAAGAUGGGUACAGACACAACUGUUACACAUACAAUGCUAUGGCUUCAAUCCUAUCUCGGGCCAAACAGACUGCCAAAUUGAAAAUCCUAGCGAGGGAUAUGGUUAAUUCCCGCUGUCCUAUGACUCCGGGGGCACUUGGGUUCUUAAUCCGGUGUUUGGGUAGCCAGGGAUUGGUAGACGAAGCUAACUACAUUUUUGAUCAGGUCAAGAUGAUGGGUCUUUGUUUUCCGAAUAGUUACACAUAUAAUUGUCUGCUGGAGGCUCUUUCUAAAUCCACUUCUGUUGAUUUGGUUGAAAAGAGGUUGAGGGAGAUGCAGAAUUCAGGAUUUGGUCCAGAUAAGUUCACACUAACCCCGGUUUUGCGGGUGUACUGCAAUGCUGGGAAGUUUGAAAAGGUUCUGGAUGUUUUCAAUCAGAUCCGUGAUCGAGGGUGGAUAGAUGGGCAUAUCUUUACUAUCUUGAUGAUAUCGUUCAGCAAGUGGGGUGAAGUAGAUAAGGCUAUGGAGUUGAUUGAGAGAAUGGAAGAUCUCAAUAUUAGCCUGAACGAGAAAACAUUAUGUGUGUUGAUUCAUGGAUUUGUGAGAGAGUCGAGAGUAGAGAAGGCCCUGCACCUGUUUGAUAAAAUGCGGAAAUUGGGUUUUAAGCCGGAUCUCCCACUUUAUGAUGUGCUAAUCAGGGGGCUUUGUCAGAAAAAAGAGCUUAGAAAGGCUUUAAACUUGUAUAUGGAGAUGAAAGAUUCUGGAAUUCUUCCUGAUGUUAGCAUAAUUUCAAAGCUUAUUUCAUCUUUAUGUGGAGAAGGAGAUCUGGCUUCAACGAAAAUAUUACUUGAGGAAGGGGAGCAAGCUUUGGAUGCCAAAGCUCUCAUUUUGCUAUACAACACCUUAUUAGAUGGGCUUGUUAAUCAUGGUUUGGUAGAUAAAGCUUAUUUGCUUCUACGGGUCAUGAUGGGAGCAGAAAGUGUCAGUGAAGCUGUCAAUGACCUAGUCAGCAUUAAGAAAAUAGUCAGCCCGGACUGUACUUCUUUUAGCAUUGUUAUUGAUGGUUUUUGCAACAUGGGGCAGUUAGAUUCAGCCCUAAGACUAUUUUGGGACAUGAUUCGAAUGGGAUGGAAAGGAAAUGUCUUGUUAUAUAAUAAUUUGAUCAAUGAGCUGUGCAAUGCAAAUAGGGUAGAUGAAGGUUUUGAGCUUCUGAAGGAGAUGAAGAAAUCUGGGUUCAAGCCGACCCAAUUUACACACAACUCUAUAUUUGGAUGCUUUUGUAGAAGGGAAGAUGUUUCUAGAGCCAUUGACUUGGUUAGGGAGAUGCGGGAAAAUGGACAUGAACCAUGGAUAAAAUACUAUUCCUUGUUAGUGAAACAACUAUGUAUACAUGGCAAGGUAAUUGAAGCGAGUGAUUUUCUAAAUAACAUGGUUCAAGAAGGCUUCUUGCCUGAAAUAAUUGCUUACUCAAUAGUUAUGGAUGGGUUUUUUAAGAUUCAAGGAGUGGAUAAAGCUACUAAAUUAUUCAGGGACAUUUGUGGACGUGGGUAUUGUCCUGAUGUAAUUGCUUAUAACAUUUUAAUGAAUGGGCUUUGCAAAGCUAGGAGAGUAUCAGAGGCCCAGGACGUUCUGAAUGAGAUGUUAGAGAAGGGAGUUGUGCCCUCAGUAGUUACAUACAACAUAUUAAUCGAUGGUUGGUGUAAGACACAUGAGAUUGACCAAGCCAUCCUUUGCCUUUCUAAAAUGGUUGAGAAAGCAAGGGAGCCGACUGUGGUUACUUACUCAACUUUGAUAGAUGGGUUGUGCAAUGCUGGAAGACCAAAUGAUGCUCUCAUACUUUGGAAUGAAAUGGUAAAGAAGGGGUGCUCUCCAAACAAGAUUGCUUACACAGCUCUCAUCCAUGGUCUUAUCAAGUGUAAUAAGGCCGAUAUAGCUGUAGUCUUUUUCCAUGAGAUGAAAGAGAAGGAAAUGAAACCUGAUAGAUUUGUCUAUCUAGCAUUAAUAAAUGAUUUUGUCUCCAAAGGAAACUCAGUAUUGGCUCUUGAGGUUUUAAAGGACAUGGUUACAAAUGAGAAGUUUCCUAGUCCGUUAGACAAGGACUAUCCACUUUGCAUCAGUGCUCUGCACAAGUUGUCUGAAGAUGUUGUAACAUCUUCAGAUGUGAAGAAUCUUAUUGUACAGGGCCUCAUUCCAACAAUAGGCAAUGUCUCUGACAUGGAUGUUAAAAGUGUGGUUGAACCUAGAGAUUAACCUAUUGGUGCUUUCUGUCUAGUCAGUCAGGCUGGUGAAUUAUUUCUAGCUUGAAGACUUUUGGAUCAUUGUUAGCGGUUCAAAAAUGGAAAUUAAGCUCUUCCAUCUCAAAAAGUGAGGCGUUCAAUACACAACAUGUGCUCCCAAUCAACACAGCACAACUCGAACUAGUAGAAAGGCUCUGAGGCAUGUUUACCAUGUGUCAAUGAACAAAGUCAAAGGGAUGGAGUUGGAGCUACUAGUAGCAAUAUUACCUGAUAGCAGUUGGUAUUCUCCAUGGUGAUCUCAGGCGGAUAUGUGAACCAGCUAUGGGUUCAAUAUCACAACACUGUCAACCAGAGCAAGUCUUCAGGAUUAAUGUGGUGCUGAAAAUCAUUGUUAAGGCCGGACCAAACAACUUCAGAUGAGUGAACUACACUAAUGCUUUACGAAUGUGCAUAUGAAUUCAAAAGUGCAGACGUACGUGAAAGAGCUUCAUUUUAUAUACAUAUUCCCAUGCACUUGUUUCAUAUGGAAGGAAGAAUUACUGUUGUAGCUGGUUGAUACCAUCCCUUUGAAGAUGCCAUUUGAUUGGUGCUAUACCAACCAUAAUAUUUGGAGCAGCUGUCACUCAUCCAUAUAAUGGAGAACAAACUAACCCCUUGACUGCAGAUUUAAGAUCAUUCAAAUGUGUUCAAUGCUAUUCAAGUAUCAUAUUCAUCUGUAAAUCAACAGAUUGAAUGGUAACAAGUAUCAGUUUUGGCCAUAGGUGGUAGGUUCUCAAGACUGCACCGAAUUCACUACAUAUGCUGGAUGCUGGUCUUGUUUCUGGUAUCAUUAGCAAAAAGAUGUCAACAUUUCAACAACAUAUGUGGGAAAAGGCCCCAUGAAGCAAAGCAUGUGCUUCACCCAUAUGGUUGCUAAGAUGGAAAAACAACAGCUAUUAGUUGUGUUUAGAAUUCUUGCUUGAUUUAUAUGGGAAUGGGAUGCAACAUGCAAGGAAUGAAAAAUCUUUCCGCAAAAGCGAUAUGAUCCAAUGCCAGUGCUUGUAUUCAUAGUGUUGGGUCUCUUUGCUGUGGCAACUUCUGCUGAAGAGGACCCACUGUUGCUAUCGGAUGUUUGUGGUCGAGAUAUAAGUACCCUUCUUCCUCCUCCUUAUAGCAAUUCUUCUUGCUUUACCUGCGCAUCUGUUUGGAAUACUUUCAUUUUGAGACAUUCUCAGAGCGAUAACGUCCUGACUGUUAUAGUAUCUGCUGUAUACACUAGUGGGUGGAUUUGAUUGGAAUUUUCUAAGGAUGGAAUGAUGGUUCAAGUGCAAUGGUGGGUUGGAUUGAUGAAUUUGGUUGAGCAAUAUGCAAACAGUACUACCUGCGGGGCUUAACCCAAUCUGAAGUCAUACCAGACAAGGGAGAGUUGCAUCUUACUGAUGUUCCAACUGUUGCCAUUCUUCACGGAGCCACCAUUUACAUGGCGUUUGAACUGAAGCUUGUAGGUCAUCUUUCUUGUCAACAAAUACUACUAGCUUUUGGUAGUGAAUAUCCAGUCCAGAACCAGCUGUCAUCAUGAUGAUAAAACAACCAUUGUAUUUGACUUCUCUGCAGGGGCCUGAUAAGUGAAUACAUCUUUGGCUUUUGAGGAAAUUGCUGAAUUGCUAGAAUUAUUGGUGCAGAAAUUUAUUGUUGCAGAAUGGCAAAGACCCUUCUCUUUCGGUAUUUUUUUAUAUUCCCUUUCAUUUUCUAAUUUAUAUAAAUAAUCAAUAUCCUCAGUUAUUAUAAUCAAGGUUCUAAAUAUUGAUAGAGGCCGAUACGUCAGAUGGGGUGUAUUGAUCUGUAUUGAUAGGUGCUUUAUAUAUAUAUACCUGCGACAUCAUUAAAUUGUAGAUGAGACACUACCAGUUCCCCUGAACUUGUCCUUUGACUGGAAUGUUCAAACGUUGACAA